UUGAACUUGUUAUUAGCGUUUCGUGCGCGGUCGAUUCGGGUCUUUCACACUCCUGCAACGUCUGUGAUAUUUGCAGGGUUUUAAUACAGGCGAUCGCACGUGCAGAAAUGUCCAGUCUUACUCGCACUUUGCGCCCGUUCUUGAGAUGCGUCCGCAGCCAAAGGAGGACCUAUGCAGAUGUUGCAUCCGGUAAUGAAAUGAAGUUCACAUUUGCUGGUGCCAAUCAGGUGUUUUAUGAUCAAGCUGUGAUUCGUCAAGUUGAUGUACCUUCCUUCUCAGGAUCCUUUGGCAUUCUACCGAAGCACGUACCGACAUUAGCGGUUUUGAAGCCUGGUACAGUUACAGUUUAUGAGGAAGAUGGUUCAACUAAGAAAAUUUUUGUAUCAUCUGGUACAGUUACCAUUAAUGAAGAUAGCAGUGUACAGAUUCUAGCAGAAGAAGCUCAUCCAGUAGAAAACCUUGAUAGUUCAGCGGCAAGAGAUGUUCUUAACAAAGCUCAACAACAACUCACCUCAGCAACAUCGGACAUAGAUAAGGCUGAAGCGGCUAUUGCAGUCGAAGUUGCAGAAGCUCUUGUACAGGCUACGCAGUAAAUUAUAAGUAACAUGAAAUUAUAUAUAUUUCAACACUCUAUUAGAAAGAGGCAUGUAUUUAAUACAUUCUCGUUAUGAAAUUGUUGUAUGACAAUGUAAUAACAAUAAAAAUGUGUUAGCUCAUACCUAUUUGACUAGAAACAA